AUGGAAGAGCCGUCGGAGGAAAUUCAAAGACUUCAUAAAGAGAUAGUAACGACCGAAAGGUCCGAGAUAAUGGGAUGUGGUCGCAGUCGCGUGUCGGACGAGACUGACGAAGCCGAGGGUGACCGUCUGGUGGUGAGCGGCGCCGGCAGCGCCGGCAGCAGCGCUCCGCGCGAGGCCUGGGUGCCCGACAAGCUGCGCGCGCUGCCGCUGCUGACGCCCCUGCUGCAGCCCAUGGUGUCGCUGCGCGGCCGCCGCACCACGGCCGUGCAGAGCAUGCAGUCGUCCCAGUCGCAGACGGACAACGUCUUCAACGAGGACGAGUUCGACUGGGACCUCAGCGACCGGACCGACGCCGAGACGCAGACGUAUAGACUCCCCCAUCAGCUCGCCGCCGAUGUCAGUGUUCAGACUGAUGUGCGAUUCACGCAGAUCAUGCACGGUGCCGGCGGUGGUGAGGUGGCCGGCCGACCGCGCGCCCGGUUCACCCGCACCGCCGGCACACAGACUGUGGUUGAGCGCGUCAGCCGAGUCACGCAGACGGAGCUGCUGCAGCUAACGCCGGCGUCACGCACCGUGACGCGUCAUGGCUCUCCGGCGCCCAGUGACGCGCUGACGGAACUGCUGGAUGCUUCCUCACCUCCUCCAGUGUCGAUGCAGACGCGGCUAGACGCGGCACUGGGUGCCCUGCCGCAGGGCGCAGGUGUGGAUGUUCAGAGUCAGGUGGAUAUGGUGCCCGAGGCGGAGGCUAAGGAGAGUCAGACGCACGGCCGUGACGUGAUCUCGCCCGCCGAUCGGCUGACGCGCAGCUUCAACGGCGCCGACGAGAGCCUGCACGAGCUGAUCGUGCGCCCCGAGCGGCCCGGUCGCGUGCGGCGGCGUGACGCCGGGGUGCAGACUGAGAACGACCUGGUCACCGACGAGUCACCCGAGUUUGCUGCCGUGCCGCCGCCCUUCAAGAAGGCACAGCUGAUCGGCGACAUGUCCAUCUUCGAUAUGGUGGACAGCUGGGUGUUGGACACGCCGCCAAAACUGGCGUCUGAGCUGACACAACUAGCUCUGCACCUCGCGCAGCCAUGUCGAGACGACGAACUCCUCAAGGCACGCGCCGCCUUCUUCUGGAUCGUGAACAACAUCCGGUUCGACUGGAGCCUGCUGGACAGCAAGCUGGACGCGACGGGCGCGCUGCGGCGCCGCGCCGGCGUCUGUCGGCAGUACGUGCUGCUCUUUAGCGAGCUCUGUGAACUGAUGGGUGUCCGCUCUAAGCGGCUGCAUGGCUUCGCCAAGAACCACGACUACAAGCCGGGCCACCAGUUCCGGCAGGCGGAGGACGCGACGCACGCCUGGAACGCGGUGUUUGUGCGGGGCUCCUGGCGGCUGGUGGACUGCACGUGGGGAGCAGGUUUCACCGACGCCACGGGCCAGUUCGUGCCACGUGUCAACGAGUUCUUCUUCCUGGCGGACCCUGAGGACCUCAGCUGGACCCACUUUCCCUUCGACGAGAACGAGAGGGACUAUGACCGGUGGCAGCUGAUCGUCAUGCCACAGUCCUUGGAGGACUUCAACCGGCUGCCGAAGGUGACGCCCUGGUUCUUCAUGAACGAGUUGCGCCUCAAACGGCUGUAUGCUAGUCCGGUGUCGUUCAAACAUCAGACCGAGAUCGAGAUCUUCUGCCAAGGACCCAUCAUGCGUUUCAAGUACAAGUUCUACUCAGUUAGUGAGGUGGAGAGCAGUGAGCUGAACGGCUACGUGUUCUGCCAGCUACGGGGCGCUGACCGGCGGCAGGGCAGCUUCACCGUCCAACCACCGGAGACGGGCUCCUACUUCCUCAAGGUGUACGGCCGGCCGGAGGAGGACAUCAUGGACGACGAGACGCUGCCGCUCGACCACCUGGCCACCUUCCUGCUGCACUGCAUCAAGCCUCGGCGUCAGUUCAGCCCCUGGCCUGUGAGUGACGUGCCGUGGGGGCCGAACGGCUUCUUCUUCGAGAUGGGCGCCUCGCUGUACAACCAGGAGGGUCCCGUAAUCGUCACCUGGGGCGGCUUCAAGCAGCUGGUGCUGGAGACCAAGGUGGACCUGCUCACCAUGGUGCAGGUCUUCGACGCCGACGGCUUCGAGAUCGAGUCCAAGACGAUGGUGAAGCGGAAGGACGUGGACGGUGACAUCAUCUUCUUCAUUCACCCUCCUCGGAUCGGCUUCUACAAGCUGCUGGUGUACGGCAUCCCUCGGCCCAGUGAGAAGGGCAAGUGGCGACUGCCGCUGAUCGCCUCCUUUCUCAUCGAGUCCAAACUCAGCCGCAGUGACGGCGAGCCGCCCAAAGAACCCGAAGCCGACACAAAGAAAAAGAUCCGCCUGAAGCCGAGGGCCAGGUGAGCCAGCGGCGGCCGCCGCGCGAGCCAACCGGCGCCGGCUGUGCGGAGCUGUGCGGAACUCUGCGGAAAUGUGCGGAGCUGUGCGGAACUCUGCGAAACGCUGUGGAUUUGUGCGGAACUGUGCAGACCUGGGUGGAAUUGUGCGGUCCUGGUGACGGACUGUGUGACGUGGGGUGGCUAUCUUGUGCUGUGCCGACCACAUCUGACUUCGCCAGCGAUCGGCAACGCAUGGUAUUCCGCGACCGAUAUCCUUGCAAUUCGUUUGGAAGCGACCACACCGAUCUGUUCAGCGAUAUCGUGACGCAGUGUGACGAAUGUGACGUCCGGUGACGUGAAGUAACGGCACAUGGUUCUCACUCGUCAGAAGAAGACUCGAAUGCCGUCUCAGUGGUUGCCGGACAUAUCAUUCUCAGGCGCGCGCUCGUUUUCUCAUUAUCAUUAUCACCGGGUGCUAGGGAGG